CGAAGACGGCUAUCUGCUGCUGCUGGGCUCUGAACAUACGUUACUGUGUCGACUUGGCUGUUUUCAUAAAACAUUCGGGACCUACUCAUCUUUCGGAGAAAUGGCAACAACAGUGAAACUGAACACUGGUGCGCAUAUGCCCAUAGUUGGACUGGGGACAUGGAAAUCUCCUGCUGGUACGGUUGCAGAAGCUGUGAAAGCAGCCAUCUCAGUGGGUUACAGGCACAUCGAUGGAGCGUAUGCCUACGAGAAUGAGACAGAGGUGGGAGAAGGUAUAUGGGCCAUGAUCAAGGAUGGCGUGGUCAAGAGAGAGGACCUUUUCAUAGUGAGUAAGCUGUGGUGCACGUUUCAUGCGAAGUCCCUAGUGAGACAAGCCUGUGAGAAGACUCUCAGUGAUCUUAAACUGGACUACUUGGACCUCUAUCUAAUGCACUGGCCCAUGGGUUUCAAGGCUGGCAGUGACCUCUUUCCUUUGGACAGCACAGGAGAGACUAUCAGUGACAAUACUCACUUCCUGGAGACAUGGGAGGGGAUGGAGGAGCUGGUGGACACUGGUUUGGUCAAAGCUAUCGGUGUCUCCAACUUUAACAAGGAUCAGCUUGAAGCCAUUCUCAACAAGCCUGGUCUCAAGUACAAGCCUGCCAACAACCAGGUGGAGUGCCACCCGUACCUGACCCAGGAGAAGCUGAUUAACUACUGCCAUUCUCAGGGCAUCUCGGUGACUGCUUAUAGCCCCCUGGGCUCUCCUGAUAGGCCUUGGGCUAAACCGGACGACCCCUCACUUCUGGAGGAGCCGAACAUUAAGGCCAUUGCCGAGAAGCACAAGAAGACCCCUGCUCAGGUCCUGAUCCGCUUCCCCAUCCAGAGGAACGUGAUUGUGAUCCCUAAGUCGAUCACACCUCAGCGCAUUCGGGAGAAUUUCCAGGUAUUUGACUUUGAACUAACUGAGGAGGAAAUAAAGACUAUAUUAGGAUUCAACAGGAACUGGAGAGCCUGUCCAAUGCUAUGGAGCACAAAACACAAGGACUUUCCUUUCAAUACUGAAUUCUGAGAAGAAAUAUGCCAGUUCUCCACAGGUUAAGCGUCUGUGCAGCAGUUUAUUUCUUUACAAGCUAGGAUGAAAAACACCACUUGUUACUGGUCUUGUCUGCAUGCGGUUUUUACAAUACCAUUAAUAAAAGUUAAAGCCAU